AUGCGCUCGGCUAUCAGCGUUAUCCUGUCGAGCCCGGUACCCGACAACAAGAUGUCCCAUCCCGAUUACGAGCAGACCGCCCACGAUCACGCCGCCCUGCUGCUGCUGCUGAGACCCAUCGGUACGCAGAUCAAGCCCAAGACGGUUAGUAGGUUAUGUGAGAGGAUCAUCAAAGCUGGCAGCAGAUUUUCCGUAUCCGACUCGAGCGGCGGCACCCGGGAGAUCCUCGCGCGGUUCGUGCGCGAGCACCCCGUGGAGAACAACGAUUGGGGGGACUUUCAGACUCAUCGGAGGUUGCUGGGUCUCGUCACGUUCGGCAAGUACGACAAUCAGGCCGAGCUGAACGAGCUAUGCAGGGUGCACGAGACCUUGAAAGUGAAGUACAGCAGUACCUUGUACGACUCGCGCGCUAUCCUGUUCGGUGCGCUCGAGUCGAACGGCCGUCACGAACCGCCGCCAGGCUACACCACGCCCAGCAACUUCAAGACCCGCGCGGUGUUCUACGCUGACGAGUCCUGUCCUGAUCUGGAGACGCAAAUUGCCGAGUAUCUGAACUUCCUGUUCUGGAUCUUGGAGUCCAAGAGGCUGGAGCGUUCUCGGGAGAAGAUAGACCGUGUCUCUCUUCUCCUGGCACCAUUCGAGAAAAAAGACUUUAUAGGACUGGACCUUGAAUCUAGAAAUAACAAGAAGAGAUGUGUAGGUCGUAUGACCAAGCAUCUGGGCGACUUGUGUCUUCAAGCUGGCCUCCCAGCUGAGGCACUGAGUCAUUAUAAUUCUGCAGCCAACAUCCUGCAGGCAGUCAAUGAUUGGUUGUGGCUGGGAGCUGCGUACGAAGGUCUCUGCGCUGCUUCAGUCUUGGUUCUGUAUCCCAAUAUGUGUCGGAGUCUUCCGUUGCAAAGGAAUUCUUCCCUGCAGGAAGGUAGUCCAAGUAAACAGAGACGAGGGUCGCAGGCUAUCGCAGCUCUACCGGCUCCACCUAGUAUAGAAGUAAUAAAAACUAGCAUGCCGCAUAUUUUGCAACCUGAUGAAAUAUCGAAGAAAUAUCGUGACGCUAUAGUGCAUUAUAGUAAAUAUCAGUACGCAGGUAUAAUUGAAACGGAGGCUAGUUUUAAGGCAACGAGAAUCUCAAUAGAACAGAACUGCACUUUACAAGCUGCGUCGUAUUUAAACAAUGUUGUACUGAUCAAUUUGCCUCUGAGCGAGCAAGAAAAAAUUGAUCGAUUUACUACACUAUCAGAUCUAUACACGAGCUUUGGUUUUGAUAGAAAAGCUUCAUUUUGUCUGCGUUUAGCCGCCACACGCCAUGUGUCACAAAAUAAUCCCAAUCCGGACUGGCAGCAGUGUUACAACUUGAUGUUGCAAGCUACACCCGGAUUUAAGUUGUCCUUGGAUCCCGUCGACAUGCCGUUAGAUGGGCAAAGAGGAUGGCCAAUUAUACAGAUUCAAGUGAUAAAUGAGCUGGUUGCUGCUGCAAAUCGAAUGGGUAACCCAGCUCUUGCUACAAGGCAUAUGACGUUUCUGCUUCAAACGAUGUAUAAUCAUCUGACGCCUGACGAACGGAAAGAUACUGCGUUACAACUUCAAAAUGUGUCUCAACAGUGUGAGGGUGCACCUGUCCCUCUUGUUUUAGAUUCUGGAACCGUUAUACCACCAGCCAACUUGCUAAAUAUACCAAAAACAAAAUCGUUCACCCUGAAAAACAUGCAACCGCAUUUACAACCUCAGAAAAUAGAAAGAGUGAAAGAAGAUCAUGGUCCAUUUUUAUUCACGCCGAUUAACUUCGGAUCAUUGGAGCGCAAGAACACCUCGAAAAGUAAAGUUGAUUACUUAUGGGUGGAAGGAGACAUCUGCGAGGUGUCGAUGCAGCUCAUAAAUCCUUUACCGUUUGAAUUGCACGUAUCUAACAUGAGGCUCCUGACAAAUGGCGUAGUAUUCGAGUCGAUACCGGAAAGCAUCAGUCUACCCGCGAAAUCCGGGCCGAUCGCGGUUACGUUGGCAGGCAGACCCAAAGAGGUUGGUGAUUUGGAGAUACUCGGGUUCAGCACACACACUUUAGGAGUGAAGUCGAACUGUCGAUUGAGGCACAUGGAGAGCAUGUUGCAUCCGCAGUACACGGUCGAAGUAAUUCCAGCCUUACCAAGAAUCGACGUCGCGACCAGUUUGCCUCAAACUGCCAGUUUUAGCUCAGGUGACAAUAUAGUCACGAGCGCGAGUAUAUCGCUCUACGGUGGUGAGAGCGCUGAAUGCACCGUAACCAUCACAAACGUUGGACAAGUUCCCAUCGAGAUGGUAGAGUUGUCGGUACAAUCCGCUUUAGACGCUAUAACUGAAAGUAAAAUCUUCAAGUGGAGCGAUGAGAAUCUAAUGAUGCAGUUACCUCUACAACCUGGCAGUAGCGCGAGUCUCACUCUAUAUUUGUAUGCAGCAACGGAUUUCGUGGCGCCUUCAAUUAGAAACGACGUUAUUAGUAGCACUUGUCUCAGUCAGCCAAGCAGCCUAAUGUCACAUUCGGGUCACAGCUCCUUGCCGUCUAGACUCAGCUCUCCAUCUCACCACACCAAAAGACAAUCCGAACUGACCUCCUCCUUCAGAUCGGGAGUAAGUUCGCAAUCCGGUCAUUCUUCUUUAGCGAGCACGCGUCUGUCGAAAUUGGCGAUACCUCUACACACGUCCAACGUCAUCGAGGGUCAAUUGAGAAUAAAAUAUUCGGGAGAUGCUGGCCUGACGUCUGGUUACUGCAGAACUUCGUCUGUUUUUAUAACUAUUGAGAUGCUACCCAGUGUACAAAUCACCAGUUGGGAUGUGUUGCCGGCUGAGACGCCGUUACAAUUCUAUCUCGUGUUGGACGUAACAAAUAUGACAAAUCAUGAAAUGGAAUUGCAUUACACACAGAACAAAUGUAUAUACAUGGAAGGUAAAGAACCAUGUAGAAUACCAGUGCCGGUCGACCGAUGUCCGCUUAAUAAAUUGUCUAUGUCGAAUGGCGCUGGUGACACCGGUGAGCUCCAAAAGAUAUGCGCUGAACACAUAGUCUCAUUGGUAGACUUGCGCUGGCAAUUACUUGGCACAGAGUCAACGGGUAAAGCAACUCUAUCCGGUAUUACUUUGACUCAGGAUAUGUUAGAUCUAGUGAGAAUGAGUCCUCUCCAAUGGGAAAUAACCAUCAACGAUGUUACUGUGAAAGCGCAGGAUGAGUUGACGUGCGGUUUGGGUGAAUGUGUCAGUGUCGGUGUGGGAGUAUGCAACGCUCUGGAACAUCCGCUCAACGACCUCACAUUGUCCAUCAACUUCUAUCAGGAUCAUCACAACGGCGUUAAUAAUUAUCAAUUAGAAACGAGAUUGUCUAUAGCUGGGGCGAAUAAGGUCAUGCUGCCUGCUUUGCAGGAAUACGGCAGAGCGUAUCACGAAUGUCGUGUAGUGUUCUUCACAGCUGGUCAAUACAAGAUAGAUAUUCAAUGCAGCAGUAAAGAAUCCGCUCCGAACUCGCCGGUGCCCUACUCAGAACUUGUGAAUGCCGGGCACACAUGGCGCUACAUUCCGCCAAUCGAGAUAACAGUCGACGAUUAUUAA